AUGGGCAAUCCGACCGAAGACCGUAAGGACGGCAUUCUUGAAGGCGCUCUCAGCAUUACAAGCUCCAACGAUCAACAUGAAGACGGAAAGGCGCAAGCAUCUAUCGGUCAGGUGCUCGAAGUCCAAGGCAACACCGAGUUCAUCCAAGCCACCACGGCAGCUCCCCUGAAUCCUUGGUCCAAGACAUCUCUCCAGUUGUACUUGAUCUUGUUGACAGCAUAUCUGAACGCAACUGCAUCAGGAUUCGAUGGCUCGAUCUUUCGGUUCUCAUACUUUCACAAGCAAGAGACAGGGAGUGCCACAGCGCUGAUCUACUCGAUAUAUACCGUCGGUUCGAUGAUAGGUGCACUUUUCACCGGCCCUGUACUUGACCUCCUUGGUCGCCGAGCUGGCAUGGGUAUUGGCUCGGUCAUCAUCAUGAUCGGUGCGGUUGUCGUGACGGCUGCACAAUCUGAAGCAUAUCUUCUGGGAGGUCGUUUCGUCCUCGGCUUUGGUAUCUCUCUGGGAACUUCCGCCGCCCCUACGUACGCCAUCGAGUUGGCUCCCCCACAGUGGAGAGGAAGAAUCACCGGUUAUUACAAUACUUUCUUCUAUUCUGGUGCUAUCCUAGCGACUGGCGUCACCUAUGCCUCGAACAAAGACGAUAGCCAGCUGGCUUGGAGGCUUCCGCUUGGACUCCAGUGCAUCCCUCCGGGCUUCAUUCUCCUCGGCUCGUUGUUAAUUCCAGAAAGUCCACGAUGGCUUUGCUCGCGAGGCCGAUUCGAAGAUGCAAGAAAGAUCAUCGCCAAGUAUCAUGGCGCUGGCGAUUCUAAUCAUCCCGUUGUUCAGCUGGAAAUGAGAGAGUUCGAAGAGUCGAUCAAGGUCCAGAAGUCUCGGAGUUGGUGGGAUUGGCGGCAGCUCGUCCACACCCACAACGGUCGUUGGAGGAUUGCAAUGGUAACAUUAAUGAGUUACGGCAGUCAGCUUAGUGGGAAUUCGGUUCUUACAUACUAUCUGCCUUCCAUGUACACUCAGCUUGGGAUAACUUCGACUGAUCGGAGGCUGCUGCUCACAUUUGCGAGCAACAUUGUCUCCUGCGCCGGAGCGGUUGCUGGCUCAGCCACAAAUGAAAAGGUCGGAAGGCGUACGAAAUUGUACAUUGGUUCUUUUGUCCUCGCUGGCCUUUUUGCUGCGGUUACCGGUUUCUCGUCUCAGUUUUCAAACCAUGAAGGGGCUUCUGGAACUGGCGUUGCCCUAUCUAACGCCGGCGUAGCUUUUAUUUUUCUGUUCGGCUGUGCGUACAGUUUCGUCUACACGCCUCUGACCCCAACUUACUGCGCCGAGACGCUGGAUAACCAUACAAGGGCAACUGGCAUGGGCAUUCAUGUACUCAUGAACAACACUGCAAACUUCUACAACACGUACGUCACAGCAGUAGCCCUCGAUGCAAUCAGCUGGAAGUACUACCUGGUGUUUGUGGCUUUGAACGUGGUAUAUGGACUUUUGUGGUACUUCUUGGGAGUCGAAACGAAAGGCCGGACAUUGGAGGAACUGCAGGAGGUGUUCGAUUCGGAGUGGCCUCCGAAGGCGUCUUUAGAGAGGCGCAAGAUGGUGAAGACCGAGGACGGAAACCUGAACCAGGUUCAACAUGACAGUUGA